UGCCGUGCCGUGUCGCGUGAAACCAAGCUAUCUAUCCAACGAACCCCGUCCGGGCGGGGGUGGACUGCCCUGCCCAGCCCCGUUGUUGUUGUUGCGAUUGCGAGGAGCUCCCGUUGCCGAGCCGCCACCGCAUCCUCGCCGAGUCCAAACAGAGAGGAGCUGCUGCACUUGCAAUCCAUUCCGUUCCAUCCUCCCCGGUCUCCCUCUCCCGGCUCCUCUCUCCCUCCAUCUCUAAUCUUCUCGUCCGUCGUCUUCCAUGGAGCGGCUCAUCUCCACGCCCACCUCCUCCCCGUCCCCGUCCCAGACCCGGAUCCGGGGACCCCUUUUACUCCCCUCCAGGCGCCUCCCCGCCGCCGCGGCAUGGCCCCGGCUGCGCUGCCCGCCCACGCGGCCCGGCGCGAUCGCGCUGGCGUCGCCGCUGCGCCACGAGGCUCUCUCUGCCGCACCGGAGGAGGCGCGGAGCGACCCGCCGCCGACGCCGCCGGCUGCUGUCGGCAGCCCGUCGAAGCUGCUCGGGAGUCUGCUCCCAAAGGCUUCCACUGCUGCCCUUUUCCUAUUGAUGACACUUGUUACUAGCUCCCUGCACUCUGGCCUUCCUGCCUAUGCAUCGAUGCAACCAGUUGCCAAAACUGGUGGAAGACUCUUCACGACAGAGAUACUAAGCAGUGGUUGGGCUGGUUUUUUAGCUGGGUGCUUACAUACCUUGUCUGGGCCAGACCAUCUAGUUGCCUUGGCGCCGCUGUCAAUUGGGAGAUCCAGAAUUGAAAGUGGACUGGUUGGCGCCCUUUGGGGCUGUGGUCAUGAUGCAGGGCAAGUCAUUUUUGGCCUGCUCUUCUUGUUACUCAAGGAUCGAUUGCACAUUGAGGUUUUCCGUGCAUGGGGAACAAGAGUUGUAGGCCUGACCCUUCUGAUCAUAGGAGCCAUGGGUGUACGGGAAGCUUCGGAGGUUCAAGAAUCCUCACUAGUGCUGGAGGGCAUCGAUGCCAACAUGAGCAGCAAUGACCCUUUGCAGUCCCCUUCAACUCCCCGGAAGAAGAAAGUCGGUUUUGCGACAUUUGCCACCGGAGUCGUCCAUGGUCUCCAACCGGAUGCGCUGCUGAUGGUUCUCCCGGCUUUGGCUCUUCCGUCGCGCUUUGCCGGCGCGGCCUUCCUCGUCAUGUUCCUGGUCGGCACCGUGUUUUCGAUGGGGAGUUACACUGCUUUUGUAGGUUCUUGUAGCGAGGCCCUGAAAGAGAAGGUUCCCAGGAUAACAGAGAAACUGACCUGGGCUGCUUCGCUUGUGGCUAUAGGCAUGGGUCUAGCUCUUCUGGUUGGGCAGUUCUUUGGUUUCAGCCUGUACUGAUGAUGUUAGCUACUACGUGUGUUUACUCGGCGGUAUUGUUUUUCUGUAAGAGCAUUGUUGGCAAUUAGUUUGAUAAUAGAUGGUUAUUGUUUGUGAGACUACAUGUAUACUGCUCUAACUUCACCUGGCACCUGCUCACUUCACA